GGCGGGAGGAUGAGAGAGUGAGACUGAUCUACUCCAACAUGGAUGGUGAUAUAUAUGAUCAGUUCGGAGAGUACAUUGAUAGGAAGGUCCCUGGCGGAGCAAGGGCGGAAGCCCAGAGAAGGGUGGCUGCACGACAAGCGCCGCCUGCCACGUUCAGGUUAUGGCAGGAGAAAGAGGACCCACCAAUUAGAGUAGAAGAGGUGGGAAGUGAUGAGGAAGUGACCCAGAGGCUACGGGCAGGAGAUAUAAAAGAAGAGCCCAUAGUCGUCGAGUCAGAGGACGAGAAUGAAAAGGAGAAAGUAGAGCCCCCGUCAGUCCUGCUGGGGAAGAUGGAAGACCUAUUGGGGAAGGCGCCAAACGGAUAUGAACAGAAGGCAAAACUGGUCCUCAAACCCUUCGAAGAAGAGGAUCCAUGGGGCAAUAAAGAUGUCCAGUGGAUGAUGAAGUUGGCAUUGGCAGGCUCGCAUAGUCAAGUGGAGGAAAUGAGGACAAUAGAGGAAGGACCUGAACAGGUAGAAAGACACGAAGAGUUGAUGGGAGGGCUGUAUCUCCUCGUCAAUACCCUUCUGCAAGGAGACUUUGGUCAGAUAGGCUCGUUGAAUCCGGCUGGGAAUGAGGAUGUGAUGCCAGAGAGCCAGGAUGACGAGUUUGAGGAAGAGGAGAUCAAAGAGACAUUCCGUGCAGAGGAGUAUGAUGGAAUCUACCUGGAGCGGGGACUUCUCCUAUCAUGCGAAAUGCGGGAUAGGGAUGUGAGCGAUAGGGCCCAAAAGAUGAGGGAACGUUACUUGGAGGGCGCAAGCUUGUUUUCACCUGAGCAGAGGCUAGAGGAGCCUCCUGAUAGAGAGAUGGGGACUGCGGUAGAGGGCGUCAUCGAGGGCAGGCCCCAGAGGUUGGAUACGCCCGAGUAUAGACCAGAGGGGGUUGGGUUACUACCUCGGCCUAGUACUCAAGAGUUGGAGAUGGGACCUGAGGAGUCUAUGGACGUGCCUCAGAGUUACGAGCUGGGCAGGGAGACCAGCGAGGCGCCUUCGUCACCAGGAUCUCAGAGGGAUGAGAAGUUCAGGAAGUGGUUUGACGCAUCCUGCUUCUUUUGCGAAAAAGAAGGUCAUCGAGCCCUGCAGUGUCCUAAGUUCUUGAAGGACCUUGCUUAAGGGAAGGUUACAGAAAACCGCAGAAGGAUGCAUGAUAGACAGGGUAGAGUAGUAGAGUGAUCUGUCGAUGGAGGUAGGGCUCAGUUAUAUAGACAGAACCAAGAGGAGAUGGGUGAGUAGGGAUUGGUUCAUCUAAGUAAGGGCAAAUUUUUUUAUUUCUUUUUUACCUUAGAAUCUACUAGGAGGUUUGGAUACCUAUGCAGUUGAGUGUACAGAUGGGGGACUGCAACAUAGGAUGGUCAUUGAGAUUAGGGCGGGUAUACUGAGUGACAAUAAAAUUCUUGGUUGUUU